AUGCGCGGGUUCACGUACGCAGUGCUUCUCGCCAGCGCGUCUGGCACAGCGUAUGCUACAAUCCCAGCAUUGGGUGUCUUAUUGUCACCUGUGCUGAAUGGACUGCCAUCGGCCACGCAGCAGAUACCGUCGAGUGCUGCUCUGCUACCCGCGACAUCAUGCGCAUCCGGCAAAGUUGUCCCGUUGGCUUCAGCACUCUCGACAUGUGCACCCGCCAGAUCUUACUGCGCGAGCCUCUAUACCCAGUCAGUGUAUUCUACCGGAAUACAAUUCGAGUAUGUAACCUCGACGGCAAUCAAAACCGUCACUCCAUGCGCCGUGGCGGGUGGCAACAAGAGCUCUCGACCCACGAGCUUUAGCACCCGCCAUGGUCCCAUAACCAUCACCACGGUCAAGAAUUCGGCCAGCAAACCUACCACUACCAUAUCGCCAGACAACGCUUUCUCUGCUCUCAAGAAACUCCCAUCCAACUGCAGAUCCUCAAUCUGCGCUUCGCUCGCCGGCACGGCCACCGUGACCACCACCGUGAUCGCCCCAACCGUCAAAUACGUCCCGCCGACCAAUACGUACAAACCCAUCACCUGCGGCGCGCAAGAAUUAUGCGAUAAUUCGGGCACCAAUAUCGCCUUCUGCAGGCCAAAGCCCGGCCUCAACACCUGCGAGCCAGCCGUCGAGCUCGGCAAAGUGCCAACGUGCAAAUCGACAAACGGCUGCACGGGAGGUUGCUACCAUGUUCCUGUGCCAGGGACCACCUCCGCAUCCCCGCUAGACUAUGACGCAAAUCCGCAAUAUUAUUUUGAUGGUCUCUGUGCGAAGACUCCGGCAAAUUCCACUGCGCCUGUCACGUCGUUGCCGAUCUGCAACAGCGAUCGGGAUUGUGGCAGCGGUGAACUAUGCGUGUUGGUUGCGCUCAUCGAGUACAAUUUCAGAUGUGUCAAGGCAGCGUCGGAGCUUUGCUGA